AUGGCGUCCACUAAGGCUCCGGUUACAAUGGCCGGAAGCGGUCUCAAGACCUACUACAGGAACAAGAUCGAGGCGGCGGAGCACGAGAUCACGAAGAAGACCCAGAACCUGCGACGAUUGGAGGCCCAGCGCAAUGCCCUCAACACCCGAGUGCGCCUUCUCCGCGAGGAGCUGCAGGUGCUGCAGGAGCCGGGAAGUUAUGUCGGCGAGGUGAUCAAGGUGAUGGGCAAGAAGAAGGUUCUCGUCAAGGUGCAGCCCGAGGGCAAGUACGUCGUCGACUUCUCCCCCGACAUCCCGGCGUCUUCCCUCACCCCGAACCUGCGUGUAGCUCUGCGCGCCGACUCGUACCUCCUCCACUCGAUUCUGCCGAACAAGGUCGACCCGCUCGUCUCGCUCAUGAUGGUUGAGAAGGUGCCUGAUUCGACGUAUGAGAUGGUUGGUGGUCUGGACAAGCAGAUCAAGGAGAUCAAGGAGGUCAUUGAGCUGCCCGUCAAGCACCCGGAGCUGUUCGAGUCGCUCGGUAUCGCGCAGCCGAAGGGUGUCCUUCUCUACGGUCCUCCGGGAACUGGAAAGACGCUGCUCGCGCGUGCGGUUGCUCACCACACCGACUGUCGCUUCAUCCGUGUGUCUGGUUCCGAGCUCGUGCAGAAGUACAUCGGAGAGGGAUCGCGAAUGGUGCGCGAGCUGUUCGUCAUGGCGCGCGAGCACGCUCCCUCAAUCAUCUUCAUGGACGAGAUUGACUCGAUCGGUUCCUCGCGUGGUGGAGAGGGCGGCGGCGGCGGUGACUCGGAGGUGCAGCGCACGAUGAUGGAGCUGCUGAACCAGCUCGACGGCUUCGAGCCGACCAAGAACAUCAAGGUCAUCAUGGCGACGAACCGUAUCGACAUUCUCGACUCGGCCCUGCUGCGACCAGGACGUAUCGACCGCAAGAUCGAGUUCCCGCCCCCCAACCCGGAAGCGCGUAUUACGAUUCUCAAGAUCCACUCGCGCAAGAUGUCCCUCCAGCGCGGCAUCAACUUCCGCUCUCUCGCCGAGAAGAUGGGCAACUGCUCCGGCGCCGAGGUCCGCGGCAUCUGUACCGAGGCGGGCAUGUAUGCGCUCCGCGAGCGCAGGCAGUAUGUUGGACAGGAGGACUUUGAGAUGGCGGUCGCCAAGGUGUUGAAGCGUGGCGCGGAGAGCAACACGUCGGUCAACAAGCUGUUCAGCUAA